UUCUUGCCAUGAUUGUGCAGAGGAUGGAGAAGCUUGAGGCUCUUGAAGAGAUCAAAUGCCUCCCCCAGCAGGCUGAGCCAGAACAGCAGCAGCUGGGAAAGAAGAGACACCCAGGCACCCGGAACAGCUCAAGCGAAGACACUGCUUUAGAAAGGAAUGCAUGGUAGUAACACAGGUUACCCAGUACAUGCAGAUUUACACAGUCAUGUCAAUAGCACUCAGUGUGUCUGCUGUCAGCUGUGAAACACGUCCUUCGUGCUUGCUGAUGAUAAAAAUCCGCAUAACUCGCAGCAGCUCUGUCUUUUGUGAGGCGUUCAUUCAGGCAGACCCUCUUGUGAACGUUGUUCAUGGGCUCUUCCAUUUGUGCUCUCAGAGCAGGAAACUCUUACUUAGCCCGGUGGCCAACACUCUUUGCCAUGGAGAACAUUCACAAAUGGGAAUUUUACUUACUUUUCCCUGUAGGAACUGAACAGACCAAUCAGUCUUCAGUUGAUGGGAAGAAGACCAGAAGACCUCUGUGUACUUCAGGGGUCUCCCGGGAGAGCUCGAAGGUCAUGGAUAGUUCCACAUGCCAAAGCACCUCAUCUCAGGAAAAAGAUGCUACUCAGACAGCUGUUGAGGGGAGACCUGAAGAAGAAACUCUGUCCAGCAGCAAGCUGCUGAGCUCCCAAGAGCCUGCUCGUCAGGAACUUCAGAGUCCUGAAGACAGCUUGAGUGAGCCAUCGCAGGAGGACCAAGACACUGAAAACCAAGAAGGCAGUACAGAGGAUUCUUCUAGACAGCUGUGUCUCUGUCCUGAGACAAGAACAUCCCUCUCUUCAGGAGCCUCUGAAGAAGACAAUGACUCUGACUUGAAAGAGAGCAGAAGAUUUUUGCAGAAACAGAGAAGCGUUCGUGCGUCAGUGGCAGAGGCCCAGCUUGGAGCUCCUCACCGACAGCAAAACCAGUGUGAAGGGGAAGAGGACCAGGAGCGAGAGAAGCUGCAGGCUGGGUGCUGAGACGCUGCUCUGCUGCUGUGGCUGUGUGUGUUUUACCUUUCAGCGAGCACGUGUGACUGUGUGCCUGUAUAGCACACUGAUUUCCAGCAUUUCUGAAGCAACUGUCCAGAUUCCCGUGUGGGACAGCUGGGCCACACGUAAAAUCCGUAAGCUGUAUGGCUUAGGAUGAUCUACUGGCCCCUUCCCACAGCCCACACGUGCGCGCGUGUACGACCACGUUACCCUCCUGCGGCAGCAAAGCCAAAGACUGCUUGCUGGUAGCUAAUGGGCUCCUUAGCCUUUCGCAAACCGGGUUUUGUUGAGCUGUGUGUCUCUCCUGUUCGAUAAAAGCCGUAUCUGGGGCUGCUGAGGAGCUCCUUCCAGCAGCAGUCUCUCAGAGUCCUGUUGAGACCUUCUGAUGCUACUUUCACAGCUGAUUUCCAUCCCCUGCUUGAGCCUGUCCUGGCAUUUUCUCUGCAUAAUCUCUCUGGUCCCCUGAACUUCAUCGUUAAGCAGCUAUUAUUAGACUCAUUUCUUGGCAUAGACAGGAGCUGUGACAAAGCCUGCAGGUCUACUUACAGAGCGCAGUUAGACGUUUUGUUAGUUGCAUUAAUUAAAUUAAUCCCUUCUGAAAAAAUAAAAGACCUUAAGAGCUCACGUUCAGAGUGUGGAACAAGAUUCCCAGGCUGCAAGCAUCCGGAUAACAAUCCAUCGGGCUUCCUGCGGUGCUGUGUCUGUUCAGGCACUAAUUAGUGCUCAGCGCCCAGGUGAGGGCUGCUGUGCAGAGGCACCGCCAGCUCUCCCCGGGCAGCUCCGCGGGAAUCAGGGAGGGCGGCCGAGGGGCUGCCGGGGGCUGUCGGCAGCAGCGGGGCCAGGGGUGGGAAUGAGCUGGGCACAGAGGAUGCGGACACACAGACACACAGACAGACGUACACCCCAGGAGGGAUCCAGCCCCAGCUGUGCUGGGCAUUUGCUGCCAGGCUUCUCAGCCAGAGCUCCCCAAACCUGGUGUGGCUUUACAUGAGGGUCCUGGCAGAGCGAGGAGGGGGAGAGAGCAGCAUCAGUCACCACCUUUCCCAUCACUGAUCCCGCUUGCUUGCGCCCCCUCUGAUUAGCAGCCCCUUCCUUACGGAGACUGGGCUGUUGCAGAGGACGAGCAAGGCUGGUGGCACGCCGUCCCCAGGAUUACACCGAUGCGUAUUGCAAGCCCGGUCUGCCCGACCUGGCAUCGGUGGGCAUGUCACCAUCCCUACGGUGCAGGGCUAAGCCCUGGGAAAAUGCUGAAAUGGAUGGAGAGGGAAAUGGCUGAAGAGAUUCAGAUGUGCAAUAUAUGGUUGACUGACUGAUUCAUCCUUUGUUAUACAGGAGAUGCAGCGAAAUGGUAUUGCCUGAUCUUAAAAUCACUGAAAUCUAUCACUCUCUUAACUUGACAGCACUUUCUCUUUGCUCUAGGAUGUAAUUUGUUCUUGCAAAGUUUCUUCCUUCUCAGUCUGGGUUCUCCUCUUACAACAUCCCUACAAGAAAGUCACAGUCACCUGGACUCUCCUGGUGUGCAAAGACUUUUGCUACCACACUGCAGGACUUAGGCUAUCAAGGUAGGAUAAUUUCUAAUGAAGAACAAGGGACAGGAUGGGAAAAAGUAGCCCUUGGGCAGUAAAACCGCUUUGGGAAAGGCAAGAGUUGAGUGCUGCGACAUACCUGUGCUGGAGUCCAUCCCAUCCUUUCUGCCAGUGAAUCACUGACUAUGAAAUCCAGCAAUUCUAACAGUUACUCUUUGCUUAAGUGAAGCUGUUAAUCUUCUGGAAGACUAUUUCUUGGCCUGCACAUCAGUGAAACUUUACACAUUAAACCCAAAUAUUUACUGCAUGCUAUACAUCUGCUCUACAACCAAGUGACAUCAACGGCAAGGACUUCAAUCAGCCCCUCGGGUGAUGUAGUUGACAUAAGUUAAACAUAAAAGUCAGCACAUGAA